AUGGGGCUGCGAGCGAGGCGCGCGGCGGCCGGGGGCCGGGCCGUCCUGCAGCUGCUGCCGCCGCCGCUCCUGCUGCUGCUGCUGCUGCUGCUGCGCCCCGGCGCCUGCGGGGCUGCGGCGCAGGGCGAGGCGGAGGCGCCCACCCUCUACCUCUGGAAGACGGGUCCCUGGGGCCGGUGCAUGGGAGACGAGUGUGGGCCAGGAGGCAUCCAGACCAGGGCGGUGUGGUGCGCGCACGUGGAAGGGUGGACGACCCUGCACACGAACUGCAAGCAGGCCGAGCGACCCAGCAACCAGCAGAACUGCUUCAAGGUGUGCGACUGGCACAAAGACUUGUACGACUGGAGGCUGGGGCCCUGGAAUCAGUGUCAGCCAGUGAUCUCCAGGAGCCUGGAGAAGCCUCGUGAGUGCGUGAAGGGCGAAGAGGGCAUUCAGGUGCGGGAGAUCACGUGCCUGCAGAAAGACAAAGACUCGCCUGCGGACGAGACCAUCUGUGAGUACUUUGAGCCCAAGCCGCUCCUGGAACAGGCUUGCCUCAUUCCGUGCCAGCAAGACUGCAUCGUGUCCGAGUUCUCCGCCUGGUCCGAGUGCUCCAAGACCUGCGGCAGCGGCCUGCAGCACCGCACGCGGCACGUCGUGGCGCCCCCGCAGUUCGGGGGCUCCGGCUGCCCGAACCUGACCGAGUUCCAGGUGUGCCGAUCCAGCGCCUGUGACGCCGACGAGAGCACUUACAGCCUGCACGUGGGGCCCUGGAGCGCGUGCUCCAUGCCCCACUCUCGACAAGCCCGCCAGGCCCGGAGACGCGCCAAGAACAAGGACCGGGAGAAGGACCGCGGCAAAGGCGUGAAGGAUCCAGGGGCCCGGGAGCUGAUUAAGAAAAAGAGAAAUCGGAACAGACAGAACAGACAAGAGAACAGAUACUGGGACAUUCAGAUUGGAUAUCAGACCCGCGAGGUCACGUGUACCAACAAAACGGGGAAAGCUGCAGAUAUGAGCUUUUGCCAGCAAGGGAAGCUGCCAGUGACCUUCCAGUCUUGUGUGAUCACCAAAGAGUGCCAGGUGUCGGAGUGGUUGGAAUGGACUCCUUGCUCAAAAACGUGCCAUGAUGCAGCAUCCCCUGCAGGCACUCGCGUCAGAACACGGACCAUCAGGCAGUUUCCCAUUGCCAGUGAAAAACAAUGUCCCGAGCUUGAGGAGCGGGAACCCUGUGUGUCUCAAGGCGAUGGAGUGGCCCCUUGUGCCAUGUAUGGCUGGAGAACCACAGAGUGGACUGAGUGCCGCGUGGACCCAUUGCUCAGCCAGCAGGAUAAGAGGCGCGGCAACCAGACGGCCCUCUGCGGGGGAGGCAUUCAGACCAGAGAGGCCUACUGCGUUCAGACCAAUGACAACCUCCUGUCCCUCUUAAGUGGCCACGAGGACAGAGCAGCCUCAAAACCAGUGGACUUGAAAUUAUGCACUGGCCCUGUCCCCAAUACUACACAGCUGUGCCACAUUCCUUGUCCAGUUGAAUGUGAGGUUUCGCCUUGGUCAGCUUGGGGACCUUGUACUUAUGAAAACUGUAAUGACCAACAAGGCAAAAAAGGCUUCAAACUGAGGAAGCGACGCAUAACCAAUGAGCCCACCGGAGGCUCUGGGGGGACUGGAAACUGCCCUCAUCUACUAGAAGCCAUCCCCUGUGAGGAGCCAGCCUGCUAUGACUGGAAGGCGGUGAGGCUCGGAGACUGUGAACCAGACAACGGAAGAGAGUGUGGCCCGGGAACUCAGGUUCAAGAGGUUGUGUGCAUCAACAGUGACGGAGAAGAAGUGGACAGACAGUUGUGCAGAGACGCCAUCUUCCCCAUCCCUGUGGCCUGUGAUGCCCCAUGCCCAAAGGACUGUGUGCUCAGCACCUGGUCUCCAUGGUCCUCCUGCUCACACACCUGCUCAGGGAAAACCACAGAAGGGAAACAGAUACGAGCGCGGUCCAUUCUCGCCUACGAGGGUGAAGAAGGUGGAAUUCGCUGUCCAAACACCAGUGCUCUGCAAGAGAUGCGCAGCUGUAACGAGCAUCCUUGCACUGUGUACCACUGGCAGACUGGUCCCUGGGGCCAGUGCAUCGAGGACACCUCCGUGUCGUCCUUCAACACCAGUGCAACUUGGAAUGGGGAGGCCUCUUGCUCCGUCGGCAUGCAGACAAGAAAAGUCAUCUGUGUGCGAGUCAACGUGGGCCAAGUGGGACCCAAAAAGUGCCCUGAAAGCCUUCGACCGGAGACGGUGAGGCCAUGUCUGCUUCCAUGUAGGAAGGACUGUGUUGUGACUGCAUUCAGUGACUGGACCCCGUGCCCCUCCUCAUGUACGGAAGGGGACACUGGAGGCAGGAAGCAGUCAAGGCAUCGGGUCAUCAUCCAGCUGCCAGCCAACGGAGGCCGGGACUGCACGGAUCCCCUCUAUGAAGAGAAAGUGUGCGAGGCCCCUCAAGUGUGUCAGAGCUACAGGUGGAAGACGCACAAAUGGCGCAGGUGCCAAUUAGUCCCUUGGAGCGUGCAGCAGGACAGCCCUGGAGCACAAGAAGGCUGUGGGCCUGGACGGCAGGCGAGAGCCAUUACUUGUCGAAAGCAAGAUGGAGGGCAGGCUGGCAUCCAUGAAUGUCUCCAGUAUGCAGGCCCUGUGCCAGCCCUCACCCAAGCCUGCCAGAUCCCGUGCCAAGAUGACUGUCAAUUUACCAGCUGGUCCAAGUUUUCCUCAUGCAAUGGAGACUGUGGGGCAGUGAGGACCAGAAAGCGCACUAUUGUUGGAAAAAGUAAAAAGAAAGAAAAAUGUAAAAAUUCCCACUUGUACCCCCUGAUUGAGACUCAAUAUUGUCCUUGUGACAAAUACAAUGCACAGCCUGUGGGGAACUGGUCAGACUGUAUCUUACCAGAGGGGAAAGUGGAAGUGCUACUGGGAAUGAAAGUACAAGGAGACAUCAAAGAAUGUGGCCAAGGAUAUCGUUACCAAGCAAUGGCAUGCUACGAUCAAAACGGGCGGCUUGUGGAAACAUCCAGAUGCAACAGCCAUGGUUACAUUGAAGAGGCUUGCAUCAUCCCCUGCCCAUCAGAUUGCAAGCUCAGCGAGUGGUCCAACUGGUCGAGAUGCAGUAAGUCCUGUGGGAGCGGCGUGAAGGUCCGGUCUAAGUGGCUGCGUGAAAAACCCUACAAUGGAGGAAGGCCUUGCCCCAAACUGGACCAUGUCAACCAGGCACAGGUCUAUGAGGUUGUCCCGUGCCACAGUGACUGCAGCCAGUACAUAUGGGUCACGGAGCCCUGGAGCGUCUGCAAGGUGACGUUUGUGAAUAUGAGGGAGAACUGCGGAGAGGGAGUGCAAACCAGAAAAGUAAGGUGCAUGCAGAAUACCGCAGAUGGCCCUUCUGAGCAUGUGGAGGAUUACCUCUGUGACCCAGAGGAGAUGCCCCUGGGCUCCAGAGAGUGCAAAUUGCCAUGCCCCGAGGACUGCGUGAUGUCUGAAUGGGGUCCGUGGACCCGAUGUGUUUUGCCUUGCAGUCAAAGCAGUUUUCGGCAAAGGUCAGCUGAUCCCAUCAGACAACCUGCUGAUGAGGGAAGAUCCUGCCCUGAUGCUGUUGAGAAAGAACCUUGCAGCCUGAACAAAAACUGCUACCACUACGAUUAUAACGUAACAGACUGGAGUACCUGUCAGCUGAGUGAGAAGGCAGUUUGUGGGAACGGCAUUAAAACAAGGAUGCUGGACUGUGUUCGAAGCGAUGGCAAGUCAGUGGACCUGAAAUACUGUGAAGAGCUUGGCCUGGAGAAGAACUGGCAGAUGAACACCUCCUGCGUGGUGGAGUGCCCCGUGAACUGUCAGCUGUCCGACUGGUCGCCGUGGUCGGCGUGUUCUCAAACGUGUGGCCUCACAGGAAAAAUGAUGCGGAGGCGAACGGUGACGCAGCCCUUUCAGGGGGAUGGAAGACCGUGCCCUUCCCUCUUGGACCAGUCCAAGCCUUGCCCAGUGAAGCCUUGUUACCGGUGGCAGUAUGGCCCGUGGUCUCCGUGCCAAGUGCAGGAGGCCCAGUGUGGAGAAGGGACAAGAACAAGGAACAUUUCUUGUGUAGUGAGUGACGGGACAGCUGAUGAUUUCAGCAAAGCAGUGGAUGAGGAAUUCUGUGCUGACGUUGAACCCAUUAUAGAUGGCAGUAAAAAAAUGGUUCUGGAGGAAACCUGUACCCAACCUUGCCCAGGUGACUGUUAUUUGAAAGACUGGUCUUCGUGGAGCCUGUGUCAGCUGACCUGUGUGAAUGGCGAGGAUCUAGGCUUUGGCGGGAUACAAGUUCGAUCUAGAGCAGUGAUUAUACAAGAACUAGAGAACCAACAUCUGUGCCCAGAACAGAUGUUAGAAACAAAAUCUUGUGAUGAUGGGCAGUGUUAUGAGUAUAAAUGGAUGGCCAGUGCUUGGAAGGGCUCUUCCCGAACAGUCUGGUGUCAAAGAUCAGAUGGUGUAAAUGUCACAGGGGGCUGCUUGGUGGUGAGCCAGCCUGAUGCUGACAGGUCUUGUAACCCACCGUGUAGUCUACCCCACUCGUACUGUAGCGAGACAAAAGCGUGCCAUUGUGAAGAGGGCUACACUGAAGUCAUGUCUUCGAACAGCACACUGGAGCAGUGCACACUCAUCCCUGUGGUGGCCAUACCCACCGUGGAGGACAAACGGGGCGAUGUGAAAACCAGUCGAGCCGUCCACCCCACCCAACCCUCCAGUCGCCCGGCAGGACGGGGAAGGACCUGGUUUCUGCAGCCCUUUGGGCCAGAUGGGAGACUAAAGACCUGGGUUUACGGUGUAGCAGCUGGGGCGUUUGUAUUACUCAUCUUUAUUGUCUCCAUGAUUUAUCUAGCUUGUAAAAAGCCAAAGAAACCUCAAAGAAGGCAAAACAACCGACUGAAACCAUUAACCUUAGCCUAUGAUGGAGAUGCAGACAUGUAACAACAUACAACUUUUCCUGCCUACCGCCAGUUUUGUGUUUCUCACUGUGAAGUAGAACUCCAGAGACCACAAUGAAAGUGUCCAAAUUGUGUGCAUUGAGAUACCUUUUAAUUUCAAAAGAGCAUCAUAAAGAUUCAAACUCACACUGCCACUAGGGAUAUUUAAGAUAGCAGCACUUACAUGUAAACCAUCAACUCUAGGAAUUCUGGGAGAUUUAGUUGAAUACAUGCUGCAUUCUGAGGGUAUGAUGUCAUCUUCUCUGAAAUCUACCAUAUGAAGACCAACGUUCAUCUCUGAAGCAUAGUGGUGGAAUUGGCCAGUUAGGAUCCCUGGUGCAAGACUGCCUGCAAUGUUAACCCAUAGAACUUUCUAGCAUGAAGAGUUUAUAUCAAGAGCUCUGCAAUAAUUUAACCAAGUAUAACACAUAUACUCAGCUGAAUGAUAUACAUUAUGUCAUAUUAUGUACUUGUUAAUAAGCAACUUUAACAGUGAACAAGACCUAAACUCAGCAGAAAACUUGUGGAAUGAAUUCAACACCUUGGUGGCUGAUGGUAACUUGUACUGACCUUCAUUUAGGAGACCAAGACUCUUUUGUAAGACCUCGUUCUUGU